AUGCCAUUCAACACCGCACUUACCCGCAAGUUGGGCAUCACGGUCCCCGUCGUCCAGGGUGGCAUGCAAUGGGUUGGAUACGCUGAGCUUGCUGCGGCAGUCAGCAACGCUGGCGGUCUGGGAAUCCUCACUGCGCUCACGCAACCAACGCCUGAGGACCUCCGUAAGGAAAUCCGCAGAUGCCGCACAAUGACCAACAGACCCUUCGCCGUAAAUAUCACUCUUCUCCCAGCCCUCGUUCCACCCGACUAUAGCGCCUACGCCCAGGUGGUCAUCGAUGAGGGCGUGUGCAUCGUCGAGACCGCAGGCAACAGUCCGGGCCCAAUCAUUGCCCAGCUAAAGAAAGCCGGUAUCAUCAUCCUGCACAAAUGCACCACAAUCAGGCAUGCCAAAUCCGCCGUGAAACUGGGUAUUGAUUUCCUCUCCAUCGACGGCUUUGAGUGUGCGGGCCACGUUGGUGAAACGGACAUCACAAACUUCAUCCUUCUUAGCCGGGCGCGCCAGACUCUCAAAACUCCUUUCAUUGCCUCAGGAGGAUUCGCGGACGGACAUGGCCUUGCUGCUGCCCUGGCAUUGGGUGCGGAAGGUAUCAACAUGGGCACACGGUUCAUGGCAACUAUCGAGGCGCCUAUUCACAUGAAGGUAAAGCAGGCUAUUGUGGAUGCCAGCGAGGAGGAUACCCAACUUGUCUUGCGGAAGUGGAGAAACACCACCCGACUUUUCAAGAAUCGCGUUGCCGUAGAUGCAUAUAAUAUUGAGAAGAAGGCUGUAUCGGAUGACUUCUCACAGAUCGGACCAUAUGUCAGCGGCAAGCGUGGACGGGAAGUAUUCAUCAAUGGGGAUAUUCAUUUCGGCGUUUGGACUGCUGGUCAAGUUAUGGGCUUGAUCCACGAUAUCCCAUCCUGCAAGGAGCUGAUCACCCGCAUCGAAAAGGAAGCCGUUGAAACGAUGUCGAAAACCAGCAACCUCUAUACGCCAACGGCUAAGCUGUGA